AUGGCUGGCCUGCGGGUGCCCCAUUCGCCAUGGAGGGCUCUGCCUCUACUUCUCCUCCUCACCUGCUUCACUUCUCUCUUCUCGCGCGCCACCGCCCAGCCUGCAGUUCUCCAGUUCUCAGACUGCUUUUCCGACGCGAACACCACACAGAAGCUCUCCGUCUCCACUGUUUACGCCCAAUUCUUCCCCGAAUCUGCCAGCGGCGCAUAUCUUAGCCUCACAGUAAUCGGCACGAAUCCGGAGACCAUCAUCUCGUCGUCGGAUGGCCCAAACCCCGUUGCCACGACCCUAUUCACGACAACCGAACUACUCACCUUCCAAGAACCUGUUGCAAACAGCAGUUCGUUCUUCUGCGAGGCCUUACGUUCGACAAACGCCUCACAAGUUCCCGCGAACUCCACCGCCUUUUGCCCGUUCGCCCCCGGGCCCUAUGCGUUCUCGUCCGCCGUCCAAAUUGCGCCUGGCUACGAGCUGGCCACGUACGACACGCGACUACGCGCACUCGAUCCAUUCCAGAACGAGCUCCUAUGUCUCGAUGUGAACACGACCAUGCUCAUCCCCGGCCCCGUGAACUCGGUGUACGGACACGCGCAUAUAAUCUUCUGGUGUACCGUCGCCCUCGCCCUCGGAUACUGGAUCGUCGUGGGCGUCGCGCGCAUCGUGGCCGCGUGGGGACGUGGGUCGGCGACGGCAGGGAAUGGAGUGUUGGCCAGGAUCGACAGUGUGGGGUUCGUUAUGGCGAGUGCAUUGAGUGGCGAGAAGUUUGCGAGCGCCCCCGCUCUCAUGCGAUUCUGCACACCGUCCAUGCGAGACAUCAUUUUCCAUACGCAAUGGUGCGCUGCCUUGUCCAUGGUGGCCGUUCAGUGGCCGAUGUUCGCAUACCCGAUACUCUCCCAGGCGGCAUGGUCAACCCUUGCCUUCAAUAUCACGAUCACCCAAGGCAAAAACUCAGAUCAAUUCCACUGGAACCCACUUGCAGUGCCGUCGUUCGACCCACCUUCCAAUUUCGCUGCACAAUUGACCAACCCCUCUUCUGGAAUCUAUGUCAACAGCGAUGCGCCGAACUUGAUCUUCCAAUUGCCCGACAACGCCACUUCUGGAAUGUCGUCCUUUGCCUAUUCGGUUGGUCUUCGCCCACAAGACCUCUUCCCCAUAUCCAUGUCGCUGUUCUUGGCCAUUCUGGCCGCGACGAUCGUGCUCAGUGUAUUGGUUUCGGCGAUGGACUGGCUCUUGUCCGUCUUCAGCGAUCCCAAUGCAGGUGCUCCACCAGCUGCCGGUCUCGGAGGUUCCCGUAGCCCCCGCUAUUCCUCGGCCAGCAAGGACGUGCUCGAUGGUGUCGGCAACAAUGUGACUGUGGACGAGAAUCGGUCCCUUAACGGCCAUUUUCUAUUCUCCCGCUCAGCUAGGCUCCCGACAGGCCGUUCGUGGUGGCGUUCCAGGGGCAACUUCGCCUCCUUCCAUGGGAGCGCACUGCAAGGGAACCUCAUUCGAGUUCUCAUGCUCUUCCACCUCCCUAUUACCAUUUUCUCAUGCUAUCACCUGAGUCUCCACGGUCAAGUCUCAACCACCUCCCUCGCCCUUGCUGCGCUCUCGUUCGCGUCCUUAUCCGUCCUCCUCCCAGCCCUUCUCGUCCUUCGUCUCACGUUCACGAGGACAAGCAAGCUGUACGACGAAACGUGGACUCUCCUUUCCCUCGGGCCGCUAUACAAUCACUACAGGCACGGUUCCCAGCUCUUUGCCUGCACCCUCUUCGCCAUCAACAUCGCGUUCGGCGUCACUAUCGGCUUCGGCCAGAGGAGUGGAACCGCGCAAGCCGUCAUAAUUCUCGUGGUCGAGGUCGCCGCCGCCCUCGGUACCAGCAUUUGGCUUCCUUGGGGCCAAGGCGCGAGCAUGGGCUUGAUCAGCUUCCUCUUCUGCGUGGGCAGAAUAGUUAUCGCGGUCCUUCUCGUUAUCCUCACCCCUGUCGUCUCCAUCGGUCCGGGGCCCGCUCAAUGGGUCGCGUAUGCUAUUCUGUUUAUUCUGGGGCUUGUAUACCUCGCGUUCUUCCUGAUGCUUGUCAUGAAGAUUCUCGAGGCCGUCCUGCGAAUAGCCGGAGGAAUAGGGUUCACGAAGAGUCGACAUGUUGUCGAUAGUGGCUUACUCGGGACCAUGGGACUCAUGGGCUGCUGUGGUCCCCGGCAACGCCGACGAUCCAGCCGCGGCUACCGCCCAACGAGCAACCGCCAACCUUCCAGCCUUGCGCUCUCCAAGCCUCAGCCGCCGUUCAAGGACCACACGCCGCCAUCGUCGGGUCCGCCGUCGGUGCUCCGCCCCGAGCACGCGAUGCAGCCGUACAAGGAGGACAGCGACGACGAGGGCGGGUUCAUCAUGGCCGCCUGGCACGAGGAGCGCGCCUCCCCGGCCCCCGAGGCCCCCAAGUCGGGCUUCUCCAGGGUCGCGGGCGGGCGCGCGAACUUCGACACCCCGUACGCGAUCGCGUCGGGCUCGCAGCAGACGUUCCCCUCGGUCGAGCAGCGCGCGCCCGGGUCGAGCGCGUUCGCCCACGCCGACGACUCGCCCCCGGGCACGCCGUCCAUGGUGGGCAGCGGCCGCGCGCUGCCCGCGGGCGCGAUGCCGCCGUCGCAUGCGCACACGCGGACGAAGAGCCAGACGGCGGUGAUCGAGGUGCUCGCGCCCGAGGCGCAGGCGGGCCUCAACGCGGCGGCCGUGGCCGCGGCGACGCCGCCCAAGAAGAAGUUCUGGUACAACCGCAAGAAGAACCGGAGGCUGAGCGAGAGCGACGUCGCGCUGGACUCGUCGCCCGCCGCACCGCCCCCUGCGGAGGACGCCGGGCGGUCGUUCGUCGUUGUGCGCAAGGGGCGCCAGGGGGUGCCCUCACAGAACUCCGCCACGAGCGCACCGAUGGGCGGUCCUGCGGACGAACACGGCCGACGAUCGUUCACGGUGCUGAGAGGCCCGGCGCAGUCGAGCUCGUCCACUCCCCACCCAUAG